AUGACAGUUUCUGAAGCAAUGGUGCUUGAACCUUCAUCAAAUUCAUGGUGGAAUGAUUCUGUUGUAACUAGGCAUAUUGUGCAAAAUAAAGACAUGUUCGUGGAGUUUACUGAAAAGAAGGUUGGUGAACACAAAAUCUACAUGGGCAACAACUCCUAUAGUGAUGUUUUGGGCAUCGGCAACUGUCAAUUCUCUAUUAAUGAAACUUCCAUUGUGCUUCAUGAUGUGCUUCAUAAUGUGCUUUAUGUACCCAGCAUUCGCCGAAAUUUAAUUUCAAUUUCAGUGUUAACCCAAAAGGGUUUUGAGAUUAAUUUUAGGUUUAACACAGUAUUGAUUAAGAAAGAAAGUGUAUUAAUGAAAGGUGUGAGAGUGAAUGACAUGUACUUUCUUCCUAUUGAUAAUAAUAAAUCCUAUGUAUCUCAGGAUUUUUCUCUUCUUUCUUUGACACCCAAUCCACCAAUUCUCCAACCAUCUAAUAGUGGGAGGAAACGACAAUUACAUAACGUUGUUUUACCUACUUCAAAUCCUAAGAUAAGUGAGAGUAAGAGAGCAAAACAUCCAUCUACGUUUUUGAAAGAUCAUUAUGUUUUUCAAGUUGAAGAACUUAAUAACUUAGUAGAUGAUCCUACUAGUUAUAAUGAAGCAAUAAGUAACAGUGAUGCUACACAAUGGCUUGAGGCAAUGAAUGAAGAACUUGACUCGAUCAAGAAAAAUGAUGUUUGGGAAUUAACCGAUCUCUCGCAUGGAAGAAAAGCCAUUGAUUGCAAAUGGGUUCUUAGAAAUAAAUUCAAAGUAGAUGGAAGUUUAGAGAAAUACAAGGCCAGAAUUCUAAUGGCGGUAGUAGCCAGGAUGGAUUUGGAAUUGCAUCAAUUAGAUGUUAAAACAGCUUUUCUCAAUGGAGAAUUAAAAGAGAAAAUUUAUAUGAUGCAACCUGAUGGUUUCCAGAACCUAGGACAAAGUCUUAGUAAAAGUAUGAGUCCUCAAACUAAGUCUGACAUUGAGGAAAUGAGAAAUCUCCCAUAUGCUCAGGUAGUAGGCAGCCUAAUGUAUGCUAUGACAAGCACAAGACCAGACAUCUGUCAUGCAGUCGGAUUGGCUUGGAACAAGUUAAUGGAUAGCAGUAAGGGUGUCACCGGUAUUGGGUUUGACAGGGAAACUGGGUUGUUCACAGCAUCAGAAGAGUGGUGGGAAACGCUAAAAUCGACAACCAAGAUCGCCUAG